UCCGGCGCAGGACGCCGAGCUUUUGCAGCUCAGCUGGUUCCGGCUGGGGAAAAUGGCGGUGGCUGGGGCGGCGUCCCAGGAGCAGCUGGUGGGCUGGUGCACCCAGCAGUUGCGGAAAACUUUCGGCUUGGAUGUCAGUGAGGAGAUCAUACAAUAUGUUUUGUCAAUUGAGAGCGCUGAAGAGAUACGGGAAUAUGUUACUGACCUCCUGCAGGGAAAUGAGGGCAAAAAAGGUCAAUUCAUAGAAGAGCUUGUAACCAAAUGGCAAAAGAAUGAUCAGGAGUUGAUGUCUGAUGCUCUGCAGCAGUCCUUCAAAAAAGAUGAAAUUUUAGAUGGGCAGAGAUCAGGAGACCAGCUGAAGAGGAGUAGGCGGAAAGGGAGAAACAGACAGGAAGUUCCUGCAUUUACUGAACCUGAUACGACCAUAGAGGUCAAAACACCUUUUGAUUUGGCCAAGGCACAAGAGAACAGCAGCUCCUUAAAGAAGAAGACGAAGUUUGUCAGUUUAUAUACAAAAGAGGGACAGGACAAGCUUGCAGUCCUGAUCCCUGGUCGCCACCCUUGUGAUUGCCUGGGCCAGAAGCACAAGCUCAUCAAUAACUGUAUGAUCUGUGGACGUAUUGUUUGUGAACAAGAGGGUUCUGGCCCCUGCUUAUUCUGUGGUACUCUGGUAUGUACUCGUGAAGAACAGGAUAUUUUACAGCGUGACUCAAACAAGAGCCAGAAACUGCUAAAGAAGCUCAUGUCAGGGGCAGAGAAUUCUGGAAAGGUGGACAUCUCUACCAAGGACCUUCUUCCUCAUCAAGAAUUACGAUUUAAAUCUGGUCUGGAGAAGGCUAUCAAGCAUAAAGACAAACUAUUAGAGUUUGACAGGACUAGCAUUCGGAGGACCCAAGUCAUUGAUGAUGAAUCAGAUUACUUUGCCAGUGAUUCUAACCAGUGGUUGUCCAAAAUUGAGCGGGAAGCUCUACAGAAGCGAGAGGAAGAGCUGAGAGAAUUUCGACAUGCCUCUCGGCUCUCAAAGAAGAUCACCAUUGACUUUGCAGGCAGGAAGAUCGUGGAAGAUGAAGAUCCUCUAGCUGAGUAUCACAGCAAACUAGAUGAGGCAAUACAUGCCAUUGCCAAUGGAACCUUGAACCAACCACUGACCAAAUUGGAUAAAUCUUCUGAAGAGCCUUUGGGACUUCUCGUGAAUCCCAACCUGUACCAGUCCCCUCCCCAGUGGAUAGAUCAGACGGGUGCAGCCUCACAGAAGAAGGCUUUCCAUUCAGCAGGAUCAGGACUAGAGUUCAACUCAUGUCGACAUCAGUUUCGAAUCCAGGACCAAGAAUUUCAGGAAGGCUUUGAUGGUGGCUGGUGCCUCUCUAUGCAUCAGCCCUGGGCUUCUCUGCUUGUCAGAGGGAUUAAAAGGGUGGAGGGCAGAAGCUGGUACACCCCUCACAGAGGACGACUUUGGAUAGCAGCCACAGCCAAAAGACCCUCUCCUCAAGAAGUUUCAGAACUCCAGACUACAUAUCUUCUCCUUCGUGGGAAAGAUGUGGAAUUUCCCAAUGACUAUCCAUCAGGUUGCCUUCUGGGCUGUGUGGACCUAACUGACUGUUUGUCCCAGAAGCAAUUUAAGGAUCAGUAUCCAGACAUGAGUCAAGAAUCUGAUUCUCCGUUUGUUUUCAUCUGCACAAAUCCCCAGGAAAUGAUUGUGAAGUUUCCUAUUAAAGGAAAUCCAAAAAUCUCAUCAGCAUCUCUGUUGACUUAAAUAAGACUUUCUGUGGGAGAAAGCAGCCUGCAAGCUCUGUUCUCAGGCCAGACAGACAGGAACUCUGUUAAGUUUUUCUUCGUGAGAUGGAUAUUUCCUGAGGCGGCUACCACUGAACCGAACUUUAUCCUGGUAGAUCUGAGGAGUCAGAGGUUGGAGACCACAUCAGUGAAGUACCUCUCAUUAGGGUCACCUGGGACAGGAAGGUUGCUUGUUUUCUAACUUUAACACUUAGGAGAGUCAUACAGCCUAUGACCUUUGCCCUUAUUAGCUGGUGAUAGGGGCCCUUUGUCAGUAAAGCAUUCAUGUGGAUUCUACUCCACUGUUUCAGGUCACUCCCCCUAUUAAGUCUGAGGCAGCAAAGGAGUGAGUCAAACUGCUUUUCUCACUGUGAGGGAGGUUCGUGCAUUAUGCUCAGCCAGUUAACAGGUCAGAGGAAUGGGUUUCCCACUGUGUGAAAUGUCUUCCUUUAUCAUCAUGUGUGUAUUCUUUAAAAACUUGCCUUAGCAUCAGACACGCUGGAAAACACGAUGUUUCUUUUCUAGUAACUACAGAAUUAGAAAUAUUAACUUCUUAGAUUCUUUAGGUGAAUACUCAAUGUGUUUGUGUGCAUACGUUUGUCCCUAUACAGUGUUCCCACUGCUUCCUUC